GCCCACCUUUUAGCUAGUGCCGUCCACUGAAUCAAAUUCAGCAUAUGGAUGUAACGCGACCUCACCACUUUCGCAUGCGGAGGUCGCGGGUUCGAGAUGUCAAAGCGCUCGAUCGAGGUCACAGUGCUCUCAGCGCGCGGCCUGAAGCGCUCAAACCCUCUGUGGAAGCUCCAGACCCUGUGCGUAGCCUGGAUCGACCCAGCGCACAAGUAUUGCAGCAAAAUCGACAAGCUCAACGACACACACCCAAUCUGGAACGUCAAUUUCUCCUCCAUCGUCGACGCAGAUGCCGACUUCUCCGAUGCGAUGCUCACAGUCGAAGUUCACAGCCGCGAGCCGGUCUUCCACUUCUCCAAGCUGGAAUGCACAGCCAGUGUUCUCCUCAAGGAGUUCGUAGCCAUGGCAGACAAGGCCGGUGGCCACAGCGCGGAGACCGCCAGCUUCCAGUUAAGAUCUCCCUCAGGAAAGCCCCGGGGAGUCGUUGAUGUUUCCAUUAGGGUAGGUCACAAGUUCCAGUCUCACGCGGUCUCCCCUGUUACAGACAGGCAUUCAAGUUACAGCGGUAAUGCCAAUGAAGAGGAUGAGGAUGAGGACGAUGACAAGGAUCAGGACAAUGAGGAGCCCGUGACAGCAUACCCUGCGACUCUGCCGUCUUCUAGGGUGCCGUCUGGACGGCCUGAAGAUUUCCCACCCCCGAAUUACCCCUACAGUUACCCUCCUAAAAUGGAGACGGGGGCUCAGACAGAGCGGCCGAAUCCUGUUUAUCGGCCCCCUCCGCCUCGACCGCCUGCUGGUUCUUAUUGGGAGGCGGCUCCGGCUCCAGCUUCAUAUGGACCACGGCCUUAUGGAGGUGGCCCUUAUGGUUACAGUAAUUAUCCCCCGCCGGAGCCAGUAUUGGGUGGGAAUAAUUACUUUGGGUUGCCUAAUGGAAGGCCUAAUUAUGGUGCAGGGCCGCAACGGCCUGGUUUGGGGUUGGCAGCAGGGGCUAUGGCAGGUGGACUUGCUGGUGGAAUGCUUUUUGGGCUGGAUGGGCUGGAGAAUGGGAUCAACGAUGCCUUGAAUUCACAGUUUCAUGGUGGGUCUGUGAGUAUUUAUGGGGAUUCUUUGUUCUGAAAUGACAAUUUGAUGGAGAAUGGAUUGCUUUCUUCAACGAGGAGAGAUGCUUUCUUUGGAUAUGUCAAAACGAAAAAUCCAAGAUAAGUAAAUAUUUACUAGUUGUGGGCGAAUGACUCUUGUUACUCUUAAUUAAUCUUUAAGAGUAAGAGUUCUACAUUGUACAAUUUAAGCACUAGUGCUUGUUUCAUUAAUUGAAGCGGCAAAAAUGUGCUCUCUUCAUUGUAAAAGAAGGGAAAACGUGUAAUUCUAUUUAUUGGUUCAGUAAAAUGAAUUGUUUUCAA